AUGCGAGGCCUUGAUGAGAGCGGAGAAACAUUUGUCUUGCUCGGCUACAAUGCCGGCGAUCGCAUCAGACAUGUCUGGCAAGGAUUUGUUGAUUUUGCUAUGCGAGAAAAUGUCCUCGAGGUCGCUAUUGGUUUGAUGAUCGGUCAAGCAUUUACUAAGGUCGUUACAUCGUUUGUCUCCGAUGUCGUACUUCCUAUUAUUUCUUUACUACCUUUCAUCCAUCGAAAUCUCGACGAGAAAUUUGCUGUGCUGAAAAAAGGUCCACACUUUGACCCCGACCGUGGUUAUAACACGCUUGACCAGGCACGCAGUGAUGGAGCUCUGGUGAUGGCAUACGGGGCAUUUUUGAAUAAUGUAAUCGGGUUUAUGGGCGUGGGCUUGGUUUUGUACGGGAUGGCACAUUUCUACGUUUUGAUCUCGCAUGAUGGAUCGAUGAUCAAGAGAAUGGUCAAAUGCAAGUACUGUAAAAAGUGGAUCAAUCGAAAGGCUGACCGAUGCGUGAAUUGCUCAAGUUGGCAAGACGGAAGAGAGGAGCUUCAAGAAUCAAAUGCCAACACUGUUGGCGACGAUCAGCUUUCUUCUACAUGA